AUGUUAAGGCUGAUCGCCGUGGGUUCAUUUAUGAGCCUCGUAGCAGCUGCGAAUGUCUGGAGGCUAAGUAGCUGGAGACAACCGCGCGCAGCCAUCGUCAGAGACACGCUAUACAUCGAUGGGGGUGACAUGUACAAUGCUACAUGGGAUGGCUCUGCUUGGGUACCAGGCGUGACCCCUCAAGGCGCUCCACAAGACCAAGGUUUGAUGUACACCUUGUUCUUCAACAAGAGCUUCCACAUCGACACCGACUUCUGGGACCUUUUUGAGCCGCUGAGCACCGGUGGAGCAUCGAACAAUCCGCUAUUCCGGAAUGGAUUCAUGUUUGCGGACGAUUACGAGUUCUAUACUUACGGGGGAAUAUCAGUGACCUCCGGAGGGAUAGACGCUGAUCUCAUCAACGAUCAGAUCUUCAAGCCGGACGGGAAUGAGCCGACCACAAUCGUCGAUUGGCAUCCCCGUUUCGACACACAUUAUAAUUUCUCCUCCGAGUCAGACGCCAGAAGAUAUGUCACCCACGGGGCUGGUGCCAACAUCCCAAGCGAGUAUCUGGGAUACUAUUUCUCCGGGAUGCAAACAGUGUCAGGUGAAUACAUUGGGGAAUUCGAUUCCAGUGACUUGAGCACGGCGGCCAAUGUGACGUUGAAUCAAAUGCUCGAGGUGAAUAUGGAUGCGGUGGGUAAUGCCGAAUGGACCAGUCUCCAACUUCCAUCUUGGGUGUCAGGACGUGGGAGCGGACAACUGCCUUGGGUGCCUUUUGGGCCGAAGGGUCUUUUGGUCGCCAUCGGGGGCGUUCUGAACCCGAUUGACGUUUACGACGGCAGCGACUAUCCAGAUGGUGAAUCUGAUUUGAAGACCGAAAGCGAUGAAAUCAGUCCCAGCUUCAUGCAAGAUCUCAAGAUCUUCAACGUCGACAAUGGCUCCUGGUACAACCAAACCACGACUGGAAAGGGACCUCCACAAUUGGCCGAGUUCUGCGCGGUUGUUGCGCACGAGCAUGGCACCAGAUCGGCGCAAAUCUACAUCUACGGCGGUAUUGUCGGCACCGAUGUCACCGCCAAACCAAUCAACAAGGUUUUCAUACUGUCAGUUCCUUCCUUUCACUGGACAGAAGUCACUCCUCUUGGCACGACGUCGGGACGCCGGGGCCAUAUAUGCGUGAUGCCUUACCCUGACCAGAUGUUUGUCAUUGGAGGAACAAACUUCGAGCAUCUACUUCCUGAGGGCCAGUGGAUUCAGAUUCUGAAUGUGUCGAGCCUUGGAUGGCAGGAUUCAUACGAUCCUUCAAAGUGGUCCAAAUAUGCCAUUCCGGACAAGAUCAAAGUCCAGGGUGACCAGGAUCAGAAGGCCGCCAACAUGGACCCAAAUCUAGCCGCACUAUUCGACACGGUCUAUCCGGAAGAUAAGUUGCCACCGCAGUACAGCUAUACGAAUCAUUCUGGAAGCAAAAACAAAUGGCUGGCGCCUGUGCUUGGAAGUGUUCUGGGGACCACGGUCCUGGUCAUAGCUGCGGUCGCUAUUUUCUACUAUUGCCGCCGCAGAAGGAACGUCGACAAGAAAACGACAGGCUCUUCGAGUUCUGGUCAAUCCGAGACCCUACGUGGAUCCGGAGGGAUCAAUGAAUGGCGCCAGCAAGUCAAAUCAGUUGCUUCAGAGACAAUGGAGAUUGACGGCAGCGACCGAAAUACCUUACGUGGCUCCCAGAACAUGUACGGUGACCCUCAAGAAGUGGUAGAGAUAUCUGGUCGCCCGAAGCUUUUCGCCGCCCGUUCGCCACGAUCACUCGGCGUCGCUGGAAGCCCGCAUACUCCCCUGUCCGGCUCUGUUGAGGUCAGUGGGGAUCCAGCGGCCAGGCAAGAGCUGCAAGACACCUCCCAACACCAGGCACCUCUCAACCAGGCUGCAUUGGCAACCGAGAGGCCGGACUAUCAUUUCCGUCGACACCCUCUCUACCCGCACAAUGUCGACGAAACAAUGAGCAUGUCCCAGAGCGGCAUCACCACUGGCCAGGCUGUCUCUUCUGUCGGCGCGGACGGCCAAGUUUCACUGCCCAAGUCAGAUUCUGUCGGAGACAACCUGGGCUAUGUCCUGUACGGAGAAGUUCCUGUACCUGCGACCAACACGGACCGCGUUUCUCGGAUCGGGACCGCAACAGGAAUAGCCAGCUCAGAGCAAGUCCACCAUCAAGGGUCUACCGGCCAGGAGAACGUAUUGCCCAGCGAAGCUCUUCCAUCACCGAUCAACGACCGACCCAGCGGACCGCGCCACGACUCCAACGCCAGCAGCGACUUGCAACUCACGCCUUUGGACAGUGAGGAGUCGAGCGUCAACCCUAUUCCCGGCAUGGUCGGGAUCUCACUGCACAGCCCGACGGACCAGAGCUCGGCACUGCCCAGACCAAGCACGCCUACCAACCAGAUGCGGCCGACACACCAGCGCAAUUCGAGCAGCAUGAGCAGUGGUAUGUUGAUCGGGACACCGCCCAACUCGCUCCCAUCGCCUGACCCAGAAGAGAAUAAACGUCGGUCCAUCAUGAUCGACCGGCUCCCCGAAGGCCCGACACAGACCUCGUCCGGGGUGCCGGGCGUCCCGCCCACGCGUGUACAGAUACCGCGCCGAAAGGAGGUUGGAACCGCCGUGCGCAGCGCGUACGAAGAGAACCGGAUGCGAUUUUCCGACCCUGAGCGCCGAGAUCCGGCAUUAAGAGAUGGGCAGUAUAGCGCGAAGGGCAGUGGCCAGCCGGAGACGUGA